UUUCUUCAGUGGUCCAUUGAUCUGAAUCAUUUAGAUAUUUAGGCUAUAACCAUCGUCGUUUCAGGCAAUCUCUGAAUUACCUUUCAAAUAGCUAACAUGGGAAAAACUACUCUGCUCGUUUUGUUUGUGGCAAUAACAAUGAUUAAUCAGUAUAAAGGCGAACCGAACUUGGCAUGUACCAGACGAGAUGGAUAUUGUUCCGAUUCUAAUAGAUGUCCAUCAUCAGGAGGUUAUGUGGAAAAACUAACUUUUAAGUGCACAUGUGGUAAUGCAUGUUGCAAAUGUACUGACACAUGUCCUAAUGGUUCUACAUGUAUGAAUGAAGGUGAGACAUGUAAUGGAAUGAAAGAUCCAAACGGAUGUUGUGGCACUAGGUUUUGUUGUACACCUAUUACGACAACGACACCUGAACCAACGACACCUAUUAUGACAACGACACCUGAACCAUGUGUUGUAGACUGUGCUUGGGGGAAAUGUAAGAACAAAUGUUUAUAUUAUGAGGAAAAAACAUUAGAUGUAGGGUGCUGUGGAUUGAAAUGUUGCAUUUAUGAUGGUAAUUGAAGACAAGUUUAUUGGAAAACAUCUACUGUGUAACAGUUAAAAUAAAAGGAUAAAAAAUUGUAUAA